UCAUUAACACUCAACCCACUUGCUCGAUCGAUCCAACAAGCUAAACCAGAUUGACAAACCAAACUCUCUCAUCUUGUUUAGUACUUAAUUAAUUCUCAAGUUUAAUUUGCCGCAAAACAACAACCAAACAAACAACUAUCUAAAGUGUGAUCAACCAACAAGAUUUUGUCCCCCCUCUAAUUUGUUUUCUAUCUAGCCACUUCUUCAUAGAUCCAUUGCAUGUGUGACACACGGCAAUGGUCCUAGAUCUCAGCCACCAGGGUUUGCUUUGCUCCUCCUAGACAUUAUUACAAAGAACAAUAGAUUAAUUACGUUACUAAUAUGGACACGAAGAACGAUUUGUGGCUAGCUAAAUAAUUACAGAGUUUAGUUUAAACUAGUAUCCCCGCCUGCUAAUGACAAGACUUCGAGUUUAAUUAACCAUCAAUGUCUCUGUUAAUCUGUCAUAUUGUGGGUUAGAGAAUCAGAUUAUGUCUAGCAGUAGCAGGGGAUCCUAGAAAAGGGAAUCCCCACGUGGAGGCUGCCUCGUUAAUCCACAAUUUCAAACUUUCAUGCACUAAACUAAAAUUAUUUUAAUCUAUCUUAAUUAAUUAGUUUUUAUAGCCCUAGCUAGCUAAUUGCAAUUUGUUUUUGUCAUGUUAUGUGUGAAAAAUAUUAUUGGGAUGCUCUGUUUCACAUUCUUUAAUGCUCCUCCCUCACGUUCGUUGUAUUCUAAGCUAGAAGAAUGAAUCAGUUAAAAGAGGAGGCGCCAUUUUUGAGUUUGGAUUUUGCAUUGGAAGGAGAAUAUCGAUGAUGUUGCAGCAGUGGCAAAAGUCAAAUAGCUAGCUUGCUAGGUGUAUGCAAUUUAUAUGGAUAAAUUCAACUAAGUAAGUGCAUAUGCAUGUUAUUUACUGUUAUAAUGAGCAUAGAUUUCACCACAUUUAUUAAGAAAAACACACACUAUAGAAUUCACCACCAUGUAUUUUGGAUACAGAGCACUCAUCAUUGAAACAGAUUCGCAACUAGCGACCCAGUUGGUGAAGAACAGAAUGGAUCCUUUGCACCCGUAUGCAGCUUUGCUCACCGCGAUCCGGAGGAAGAUCUCCCAGGACUGGGUGGUGAGUCUGGUACAUGUAUACAGGGAAGGGAAUAGAGUCGCGGACUGGCUCUCGAAGCACAGUCUCGUCUAUCCCUUCGGUAUGCAUGAAUUAGAUUCACCGCCACCAGAGCUUCUCCCUCUUCUUCAGGAUGAUCAACGGGGAAGUACAACUCUGAGGAACAUUGUGGUGAACUCUACAGCCCCCUCCCUGUAACCCCUCUGUUUCUGCUUGUUCCCUCUUUUCUUUCUUCUUCGGCCGUGUGCCUCCUUGUAUGCAAAAAAAAAAAAAAAUGUAUGAGUUGCGGUGAGAGGCGGGAGGUGCAAUUGGAUUGUGAGUUAACAUCAAAAGCAAUUCUCUAACUGGACAUUAAGCAAGUUAACUAACAUUUAUAAUGAAUUUAUUACAAAUUAAUAAGAUUGUAGCAAUUAGAUACCUCUCACUUUAUAUCAUGUGGAUCCGCUAGUAUUUGAUUAUUUGCAUUUGAUCUUUCGUCACCCCAGCCAAUUUUUAAGAAAAUAUUGGCGUUUUU